UUGUCAAAUUCGAAGCAUUUAGACGUCUUUUCUUUGACUUUUCAUCAUCUUCUUCUAUACUUUCUUUCCUCAUCCUGACAGCUAUUACUUACCAUGUACAAAGCCAUAAUCUUGCAAAAAAUUAAAUUGGUGGCAGAAGCCCAUAAGAAUAAAGUCAAAGAUAAGUCCUUCCUAAGCAUCGAGUGCAAGGAUUGCAAAACACGCGGACAUUUCAACAAGGCAUACCAUGAAUGCAAGUUUUACAAAGCAGUUUCUGCGCGUGAUGAAGUAGCGGCAAGAAACAUAAGCAAUCAGCUACAAUCGAGGAAGAAAAAAAGCAAGCAAAGAGAAAGAAGAAGCAAACAUAUCAGUUGUGACUUAAAGG